CAACUCAGAAUACUUCAUCAUCUUUUUCUGAUGAAAAUAUUUCUCGUCAGUCCUGAAUUGUGACAGGAAAUCAUGAUUGCAUUUACCAGCUCUAUCACAUUCGCCCUCGUCCCUCUGUUCUUGGGCGCCAACCCCGUCGACGCACAAUUUUCGGUGUAUGAUAGCUCUUCUCUCGAUAAUAGCUUGGGAGACGGCUGUAUCCAAGCUCUGUCAGCAACGAUCGAUUGCUCACCCUUUGUCCAAACAUUCCAGCAGCUCUCCUACCGCACCGACCUGGAUGUGGAGUUGACAGACAGCAUCUGCACUGCUGAUUGCUUGGGUUCCCUCAAGUCAUGGUUUGACACAGUCAGCGUACAGUGUUCAGGCAAGACUGUUAGCGGUGGACGCCCUACCAGGUUCGGCGGAUACAUGUGGGCAGGGUAUAAUGAGACUUGCGUCCGCAGUCCUCGACCACCGCGCGCUUAUUGCAACAAUAUUAUUGCAGAUUUCACAAUUGUGUCCAGCAUUCAAGAAAUGCCUCAGUCAGAAUUGUGCCACACAUGUCACGUUCGCCGGCUCGCACUGAUGCAAGCAUCUCAGUAUUCCAUUUACGAUGAGAAUUACAAGAAGCAGCUGGAGUACAUCUAUACUCAAUGUGGGCUAAAAGGUCCUACGGAUAUACCACCACCUCUCGACGAAGAAGAGCCCGUAACCCCGCCAUAUUGUCUGAGUGGCAAGCGAUACACGACUACAGGGAGUGACACUUGCGAGUCGAUCGCAAACAGUAGUAGUGUCUCUGCUGCGUAUCUAUAUAUGGGUAAUCAAGACCUGCUGAAGGACUGCUCGCAAAUCAGUUCGGGUUUGAGUGCUUGUUUGCCACUCACUUGUAUAACGCACUACGUGCAGCCCUCAGACACCUGCUUCUCUAUCGAAAGAUCACUCAACCUUGAGUACGACUCGGUUCAGCGCUACAACUCCUGGGUGAAUGGCGGAUGCACCAACUUACAAUCGGCCACAGACUUCUAUGGGAAGGUGAUAUGUGUAUCUCCUCAAGGUGGCACAUUCGCGAAUCCCGUAACAAUACCAGGAUGGAACCCUACACCAGCACCGGCCGAUGGACACACGAACCAAAAGGUUUCACCACCAGAUGGUGUAAAGGUCGCGGAAGGAACAACAACGCAGUGUGGUAGAUGGCACGUCGUUGCAGCCGGAGACUCAUGUGCAAUGAUUUGCGUCGCAAACAAGAUCGAGACUGGGUUAUUUCAUGAAGUCAAUCCUUCAUUAGCUAACGGCACUGAAUGCGACUCCUCGCUCGAAGUGCUAACAGCUCUUUGUGCGGGCCCGACAUAUUCAUGGAACAGUCGAACGGACAGCACUUCAGUCAAGCUCUAG